AUGCUUCAUCAUCCUCCUGUGAGAAGAACCCUCGGUUCCUCACAGCUCCUGGCCAUUGCUGCUGCCCUCUCCUCUCUCCUGAGCUUCGCAACCUUCCCUGCCAUUUCGGUCGCUCAAACAGCUCCAAACAAUGGCUCCAGCACUGACCUCCAAGCCCUCCUCUGCCUCAAGCUCCAUCUCUCCAGCACUGCCACUGCCGGCUCCCUAGCGUCAUGGAGGACGAGGAACGAUUCUUCUCUCGAUUUCUGCAGCUGGCCAGGCGUUUCUUGCAGCAAGACGCAGCCAUCCCGCGUCGCUGCGCUGGACCUCGAGUCGUCAGGCCUCGAUGGCCGGCUACCACCCUGCGUCGCCAACCUCACUUCUCUCACAAGAAUUCACCUUCCGAACAACCAGCUCGGCGGCCAGAUUCCACCGGAGAUCGGGCAGCUAACCAUGCUGAGCUAUCUCAACCUCAGCUCGAACAAGUUCAGCGGUAUGAUCCUGGAAACUCUGUCUUCUCCCAACCUCCGGGCGGUUGAUCUUGGCAGAAACUCCCUGCAAGGUGACAUCCCACCGAACCUGAGCAGAUGCUCGGGCCUCGAGAAACUGAACCUAGAGUCUAACAUGAUCACUGGAGGCAUCCCAGAAGGGCUGGGCAUGCUUCGCAAUCUCUCGGUUCUGCGUCUCGCUGACAACAGCCUGACAGGGAAGAUCCCUCUCUCACUUGGAAGCACCAAUUCCCUUGUCUACGUACAGAUCACAAACAACAGCCUCACAGGGCCUGUUCCUUCUGCUCUUGCUGAAUGCUCAUUGCUUCAGGUGCUGGACCUGACAAAGAACAAUCUCAGUGGAGAGAUUCCUCCUGCACUGUUCAACAGCACGUCGCUUCUGAGAUUGUCGUUAGGAAAGAACAACUUUGAUGGGCCCAUACCGGCCUUUUCAAAUGUUGACCCUCCCCUACAAUAUCUUAGGUUGUCAGAGAACAAUCUUGGAGGAACCAUACCAUCCUCUCUGGAGAAUUAUUCUUCCCUUCGCUGGCUAUUGCUUCAAGGUAACUACUUUGUAGGCAGCAUUCCGGUGAGUCUAGGCAGCAUUCCAAAUCUGCAAGUGCUGGACUUGUCCUACAAUUUUGAGUUGGCAGGCACUGUUCCAGCUACUAUAUUCAACAUUUCAUCACUCACAUAUCUCAAUUUAGCAGUCAACAAUUUCACUGGGGACAUUCCAUCUGACGCCGGACACACCCUUCAAAGCAUUCGAUCUCUGAAUUUUCAAGAAAACCAAUUGCAAGGCCCAAUCCCUCCUUCUCUAGCCAAUGCCACUAAUCUUCAGUACCUUAACCUAGGGGCUAACGCAUUUAGUGGCACUGUGCCUUCCUUUGGGUCCCUUGCUAACUUAACCACACUGAUUUUGGCCAGUAAUCAGCUUGAAGCUGGAGAUUGGUCAUUUUUUUCCUCUUUGACAAAUUGCACACAAUUGAACAUAUUGUCUUUGUGGAAAAACAAAAUGCAAGGAAACCUGCCUAGUUCAGUUGGUAGUCUUGCAAACAGCCUAGAGGUUUUGUUCAUGAGAGAAAAUAAGAUAUCUGGAACCAUACCUGCAGAGAUAGGUAAACUCAGAAACCUCAGGUUUCUUAGAAUGGAGCAUAACCUUUUUGAAGGAAAUAUCCCUGGCUCACUUGGAGAUCUUACAAAAUUGGGUGAGUUGAGCUUAUCCAACAACAAACUUUCUGGACAAAUUCCAAUGUCAAUCGGUAAACUCCAUCAGUUGACAGAGCUUGAUUUGCAAGAGAACAAUUUGAGUGGACCAAUCCCGAGAUCUAUAGGUGACUGCAAAAGUUUAAACACUCUGAACCUCUCAUAUAACAGCUUGAAUGGGAGCAUACCAAAAGAGCUUUUUUCUCUCUACUCCCUUACAAGAGGUUUGGAUUUGUCUCACAACCAGCUUUCUGGACAGAUCCUUCAGGAGAUUGGUAACUUGAUCAAUGUUGGCUAUCUAAAUUUUUCGAACAAUCGUCUGUUUGGAUUAAUUCCCAACAAUCUAGGUUCCUGUGUCCACUUAGAGUCCCUUCACAUGGAAGGUAACUUUCUUGAUGGGAGAAUUCCAAAUUCUUUCAUCAACUUGAAAAGUAUUAGUGAGAUUGACCUCUCCCGGAACAACUUGAGUGGUGAGAUUCCUGAGUUUUUUCAGUCCUUCAAUUCUUUGAAGCUCCUCAACUUGUCCUUCAACAAUCUUGAGGGUCAAAUGCCAACAGGAGGGAUAUUUCAGAAUUCAAGCGAGGUAUUUGUCCAAGGAAAUAGUAUGCUAUGUUCCAAUUCCCCAAAGCUACAUCUGCCACUUUGCUCUGGAUCUACAUCCAAGCACCGACGCACUUCUCGCGAUCUAAAGAUAGUUGGUCUAAGUGUGGCUCUGGCUUUGAUCUCCUUGUCAUGUGUGAUUCUUAUUGUUUUCAAGAGGCGUAAGCGAACCAAGCAAUCAGAUCAUCUAUCAUGCAAGGAGUGGAAGAAAUUCUCAUAUUCUGAUUUAGUGAAAGCAACAAAUGGUUUCUCCUCAGACAACUUGGUUGGAUCAGGCGCCUAUGGAUCUGUCUACAAAGGUGUGCUUGAGUCUAAACCACAUACAAUUGCUAUCAAGGUUUUCAAGCUUGAUCAGCUAGGAGCACCAAAGAGCUUCCUUGCUGAGUGUGAGGCCUUCAGAAACACUCGUCACCGUAACCUUGUAAGGGUGAUUUCUGCAUGCUCAACAUGGGAUCAUAAUGGCAAUGAUUUCAAGGCUCUUAUAGUUGAGUACAUGGCAAAUGGUAACCUGGAAGGCUUGCUUUAUUCCAAAAUGGGAAGAACGUUGAGUUUGGGCGCCAGAAUAUCAAUUGCAGCUGACAUAGCUUCUGCAUUGGAUUAUCUUCACAACCGUUGCACGCCGCCUAUAGUCCAUUGCGAUUUGAAGCCCAACAACAUUCUUCUAGAUGAUCUCAUGGGUGGCCGUCUUGGUGACUUUGGGUUAUCCAAGUUUCUUCACAGUUAUAGUUCUUCGAGCAUUACUAGUUCUACAAGCUUAGCAGGACCAAGAGGAUCAAUUGGAUACAUUGCACCAGAGUAUGGAUUUGGGAGUAAAAUCUCAACAGAGGGUGAUGUCUAUAGCUAUGGAAUUAUCAUCCUAGAAAUGCUCACUAGGAAACGUCCAACGGAUGAGAUGUUCAGCAAUGGUCUGAGCCUUCACACAUAUGUGGGAAAUGCAUUUCCCCAACAGAUCGGUGAGGUUCUUGAUCCUGAUAUCGUUCCAAAUCUUGAAGAUGAACACAUGGUCAAACAAUUAGACUGCGAAAACGAUGCGACAGAGGGAGCGCUGAGCUGCAUUACGCAGCUUGUGAAGCUGGGCCUAUCAUGCUCCGUGGAGACACCAAAAGAUCGACCAACAAUGCUGGAUGUUUACGCCGAGAUCACGAGAAUCAAGCAAGCAUUUUUGGCACUACAUGGUUGAGGAAAAUGAUAGUUGUUUCUGUUGUCCACAUAUCUCUGAUGCAUUAUAGGUUUGUUGCGUAGGCCUAUUUUUUUCAACUGACUGAAAGAAAUCUAGAAUUUUUGUCCUCUUUUCGUUGUUUGUGAAUUUCAUAUCCCACAAAGAAAGUCGAGUUUGAUGUUAAAUUUUUGAGUAUAUUGCACUCCCAGUGCGUAAACUUGCAUUGUGCGGUGGGUAUAAAUUGAUACAACUUGCAAAGAACUUAUU